AUGGAUAUCAAGAAUAAGAAGAGCGAUAAAUUAGCUCGUCGUGUUGCAGAGAAGAAAGUCAAGAUUCAAAGCAGUGGUCAAGCUGCGGUCAGAGAACUGUUUACCAUCUGCCGAAAACUAAGAUGCAACCCUCCCGUCUGCUUCCCCGAAAAUGAUGAAAUUUGUAUCAGUCUCGCUGCAUCCUAUGUUUUAAGCAACGCCCCAGAUUUCAAAUCGAGAUAUAAGAUCAAUGAUACUGAAAAAUCACGAUUAGAUGUCACUCAACAAGCUUUGAGGUGGAUUGAACACAACACACCUCCUUCAUACUACUGGAACGAUGUUGAAGCUGAGGAUACCUUGGCGGAUCGUUUUUCAGAACUGGCUCUAGGUGUCUACGAGAAGGACACCAGUCAGGAGGAAGUUCAAAAGGCCAUGCUUUACUUAGAGAAUAAAAUUAUGACUAAAUUUUGUGAGCGCUUUCAGAGCAAAAACAAAAGUGAGCUGGAUCCAGUCAAAUACAAACGAGCUCUCGAUGUCUGUCGCUUUUCACGACUAGCCGACAGAACUAUCAUCGGGGAGCAUGCAAACAAUAAAGUCUCCAUGGCUCUCUCUGAGACAAACAUUGUAUACACGGACCAAUCUCAACAGACUGGAGCAGAUUUGGGUUGUCAACUACCUUUGAAUAAUGGCAUCACUUCAGUUCCAACAACGAUGACAGUAUCUACAGAUGAAGAAACAAACAAAUCUGUCUACGGUGAAAAAGUAGUUGCAGAUGUCAAAAAUGAGCCAGUCUCCGAAUCCGAUGCACCCGCUCCUGACACUCUCGACGAGUCAGCCUCCGAUCCCGACACAUGCACUCGUGGAUUUAUACUAAGAAACUCCUUGGUUGAAAGACGGUUACCUGGCAUGAGUAUGGAAACAGUUGUUAAUUGGAUGGCAAAAUCUUUCAACAAGUAUUGUGAUUAUCACAAUGAUCAUGUUAGGAUGCACAUCGUUUCGACUAUUCUAUCGAAAGAUGGUGAUUCUCUCGUGUCAAAAGUAGAGGAAUUGGGCUCAAAUGUCUCUGUCAAGAACGUCAAAUUGAUGGAGCUCAUCUUGCAAUCGUACAGCUCGGAGACAGUUGAGCGACUUUGGGAUUCAAAGCGUCGUCAACCUUCCAAGAGUCCUGGGGCAUACGAUCUCGAGCAAUUCUUGAACAUGUGUGACAGCGGCUUGCUUCCUAUCUGCAAUGAGAUCUCAAAGGAGUUACCUGGACAUGCAAACUUAUUUCUCAGCCGUUUCCUGAAUUGGCAGAGAAACGGUAUGAUGGGCAGAGUUUUAAGUCCUUCCGUUCAUGUCGGAGAUAAGACUCAGGAAUUUAUUGAUAGAUUACUAAAGCUUCAGAAGAUCGAGCUUUUACCCCUGAUAGAUGCUGUAAUAGCUGAAACUGACGGCAAGCCUGUACCACUUUUGGAAUCCUUCUUACGCUGGAACAAAAACAACAUCGCACAGAGACUCUUAGAUUUUGACGCUUGUGGUGAGAUGAGCGCGCUUAGCCUGGUCGAAGCAGCCUUGGAUCUCGGACAUUGGAACAUUCUAGGAGAUAUUCGAUCCCUCCUCAUUGAAGCUGAGUUUAAUGGCAAGCCUGACCACUUCUUCCGCCAACUUCGCAAGUGGCAGAGAAACAGGUCGUUCCAAUAUUUACACAGAUUAGAUCAAGUCACAUCAGAUAAAUCUCCCGCGUUCCUGGAUCUGGCUCUAAAGAUGUGUGAAACUGGUCUUAUGAGACACAUCUCUGAAAACAGGGAGUUGAUCGGAGAUCGGCCAUGCGGUUUCUUCGAUGACAUGUUCGGAGUAGCAAGAAUGAUCGUAAAUGGAGAAGCAAUCGUCGUGGCUCGAGGUGAAAAUGGAAGCUUCACACGGGAUUUAACACCAAACCUCCGACCAAGACUUCUCAGUACAUCACUUUCUUAUAAAUUAAAAGGCUUGCCGGCAUGGAUGGACUCUAUUUGUGGAACAAGAGACGGCACAGAUCCGAGUCAAUUGGAGUUUGAAGAGGUUGGAUGUAGUGAAGUUAGCAAGUUUGUUAAUUUUUCUCUAAAGUUGUACGGCUGGGGUGUCCACCGCUGGGCUUUGAACAAUGAAGCGUUCAUUGGAACAGAUCCUGCUUUAUUUUUUAAUCAGUUGUUUCACGUGGCUGCUGUUCUUGAGAACGGGUCUACAAGUCCUGUUGUCCUUGAGGCAAUUGAAGCAACCAAGAAGAUCAUGUCAGGCACACCUGCAGCUGCAGGAACUAAGGAAAUUGACACAAGUGCACCAUCCAACAAGUCGUCAGCUAUGGUCUCUUCAUCAUCUGAUAUGGUCUCUCAAUCACUUCAACCUCCACCAAAUCCAGCCUCCACUUUUGAUUGGCAGCGCAGUCUCUCAGGAUCCAAGUUAGCAGCUCCACCAAAGACAGCCUCCACUUACAAAUGGGAAUCCAAUUACGCAGACCCCAAGUCAUCAGCAUCUUCCAGUGAGCCCUCUGGUUCUUCUGAUAGGAAAGGAAAGAAGACCGACACAGCUCCAUCCGACACAGACGAAAGCACCGGAAUAACCAUCCUAGCCCGUGGAAAGUGUGCCAGUUGCCCUCGCCUUGGAACCAAGAUAUUUCCUCGUGGUAAAAUACUUUGCGAAGAAUGCAGACCCUAA